ACAAAGCCAUAUUACAUGUGGCUUCAAAGCAUCUGGAGUCCAACACAUCCAGCUGUCAGUCCCGAUUUCUUGCUCUUGGGACAAAGGCAAGCAUAUGGUGUGGAAAGCACCUGAAGAUGACUCUUAUGUCAUCUGAGGAGUCUCAAGAAGAGGAGCAUUGCGACCUGUUUUUUGAGGUGCUACUGGAUCUACUGAGUUUUUCUGCAGCGAGUUAUUCAGCUCUGGCAAGAUAUCCCAUUUCAGUUGACAAGGUAUCAAUGGACAUUACCGAGAAGUUCAUUAUGGAGCAAUUAAACAUAACCAAUGAUGCGAUAUCGGCGAGUAAGAGAAUUCAUUCACAUGCAUCAGAAGUGUUAAAGGUCGCACAUGUGGUCAUCGAUGCUGUAAUAAGAUUGUGUGGAGUGUAUGCCCAAGCCAUAAAUUGGAACAUCUCUGAUGCAAAUCUUGAGGAGAAAAAUAGUAUGGAUUUUGAAGGCUUCAGUGCUAUGAAUCAUGUUAUUAAUAUAACAAAGUAUGCAAUUGAAGUGCUGCAUAAGAUGGGCAUUUUUGCUGCUAAAACUGGAGGAAGUCUAGUAAGUAUCCUUAAUGUGUCAUGGAAAGGUGUGGUAACUCUGCUUCAGAUUGGCGAUGGGGCCUUCGGAGUAAAAAUGAACGCAGCAGAUAUCCUGACAACUCUAGUCUCAUUGGUUAAUGAUUCUCUUAAAUGCACUGCAGAGGCUUGGUCUUCACUGAAGGAAAGUGUUUCUACAACUGAAGCUAGAAGAAAAUUUCUUCCAGUAAAGUUUUACUUGAUUAAUGCAGUUAAAGUUUCCUCUUUAUAUCCAUGCCAAGCAUUUGCGAUGCAUAAGAAGAUAACACUCUGUGUUCUUAUGAUUUCAACCUUUAAAGUCUCAAUGAGCAAUGAAAAACACCUGAAAACUGCGUGUGAAGUUUUCACAGAACUCUUGGAGAAAACUUCCCUUGAUUUACUCAAUUCCUUACUGAACUCGGAUCAGGUGAAGAAGAGUUUAAAAUUUGAGGUUCUAGACAGUCUGUUUAUAAAUAAAAGCUUUGCAAACCCUAUCCCUGGAAAUCUGAAUGAUCUCAAUAAGAUACCUAUAAUGGAUGGAAUCUUUUCUGAAAGUUGUGAACUAUUUUCUGGAGCAAGAUCUGUGUUGCUUGGUCAGGUUGAAUUGUUUCUUAGUUUCUCGAGAUAUUCUGUUGAUCUUGAAGAUGUAAAACUUGUGAUUACCAGAAAGCUUGGAUGGUUUUUGGACUCUUUAGUUGAUGAAGAAUUGUAUUCUUCGGUUCUUGUUUUGCAAAUUCCUGUAUUAUGUGGUUCAGGGAAAAACGUGGAAUUAGUUUGGCAGCCUAUAUAUGCUUCUCUUUUGAAUGCAUUAAAGACCUUGAUGGUUGUUGUCUCUUCAAGUGAUGCGUGGACGGAAGUGGAAUCUUUCCUUCUUGAGAACCUCUUUCAUCCCCACUUCCUUUGCUGGGAGAUUGUAAUGGAGCUUUGGUGCUUUCUCGUACGUUAUGCUGAGCCAAGAAUUGUAAGUGGCAUCGUCGAUAAAUUUUGCUCAUUGCUGAAGUUUCUGGCAUCUUCUGAAUCGGUUCUUGUACCUGGUUCUGGGAUGAGAAAACUGGCAAGAUCAAUCAGCAUGCUACUCAGUUUCGGAACACCAUCUAUGGUAGACCAGGUUUUCAAGUUCAUUAUUGAUGACGAUAGAUCUCAGAUGUCAUCAGUUGUGUGUUUAGCAUUGUUUAUAGAGGGCUUUCCGCUGAAUUUAUUAUCAGACAAGAUGAAAAGUAUAGCAACCCAAAGAAUACUUUCUGACUUCUUUGUCUUCAUUGAAAGCUUUGAUGAAAAAUUGAUAAACGCUAGCAAUGAUGGCAUUUUUGGUGUUCCAGUAUUUGCUCUGUCUGCUUCCUUGCAAUCACUCCAUAUUAACUCAUCUGAGAUUGAUGUGAAGACUCUGAGGUUUCUAGUUUCUAUAAUUCAUAGUUGCAGAGAUUCUAUGGACAAACUAAUGAAGGACCAGUAUCUCAAGCUUUUGAGUGAAACGUUAGGCAUCAUCUCAAAUAUGAAGCAUUUAUAUGCAUCAGACGAAAUAGAAGAGGUCAUUUUUGAGCUUGAAAAUCUAUUUAUCUCAGGGCCUGCAGCCUCUGACAAUGAGUUGUACAAAUGCAAACCGAAUCUUGCUCUAUUCAUGGCGGGUAUUGCACACGUGCAAUUGGCAGAAACUGAUAAGAAUUCAAAGUUCUCUGCCGCAUGCGAGUUAUACCACAUGAUGUUGCGAGAAAGGCACUGGGCUCUCAUUCAUUUGGCUCUUACAGCUUUCGGGUAUUUCUCAGCCCGAACUACUUGUGAUGAGCUUUGGAGAUUCGUGCCUCAGAAUGCAGCUCUUUCAUAUGAUAUUUUAUCUGGAAGCGAGGCAAAUGAGGAGAGAUUCAUGUCUGUUUUCAAGACAUUUCUUGACGAGGAAAUAGCUCUUGAUAUAACUGCAUCUAACUCUGAGGAGCUUGGGAUGGUUGCUAAGGAGGGUCGGGUUUUAAAGGAAAUAUUCCAAAAGAUUAUGGAGAUUGAUGUUGAAAAGCAGUCCAUUGAGGUGGAUGAGGAAAAGCAAGACAGCAAGAAAAGGAAACUUCCCGAUGGAAUUAGCGAGGGAAUGGAAUUGCUGCAGAGUGGUUUGAAAGUUAUUGUCAAUGGUCUUUCUCAGUGGCAGCAAAAUCAACCAGAGUCGACUGAACUUCAGCAUAAGUUCAAGACUCACUGUUCUCGUCUCGAAGAUGAGAUUACUCGAUUAGUUGGCCUUGCCGGUAGUAAUAACUAAGCCGUGGUUUGACACACUGCCGGGGCAUCUCACCUGUGAACGCCGAGCACCAAGUGUAUAUUACUGUUCACUGCGCGUCGAAAGACACUGAUCUCGGUACUCAUAAGCUGACAUUUGGAGGUAAUUUCCACUGGAGCUUCAACGUCAACUUCUGGAGGACCACUCUUUUCUAUUGUGACAAGAGCUGGGACAAUGUGAAAGGGCAUUUCGAUGUGUUCAUGGCAAAAAGAGACACCCAUAGGUGCG